UAUGGCUGCGUCCAGAAGGGAAUCUUGUAUUUAUCACUUCACCAAUAACUUCAAUUGAAGGCCACGGGAAAACAUAACGAAGAAAUGAGGCUUCUCCUUAGAUUUGUCAAGCAAGCACAAAGACGCACACAGAUAAGACCUAUACGUCAUUAUAAUUUCUCCACUGUAUCCGACCUGUCGGGAACGCUAAGAGAUGACCCGAAAGGUGAAACGAGUUGUGCAUGGCUAUGCGGCUCUUCUCCUCACAUUGUAGAGAGGAUGCGGGAGUUCGUUGAAGUUCAGAUUGACUUCAUCAGCGAGGAAGAGCAGCAAGUGCUGAUGAGCGAAUUAGAGCCGGGGCUUAAGAAAAAGAGAUACGAGUUUGAUCACUGGGAUGAUGCUAUCCAUGGUUUCCGUGAAACCGAACGUGUUCAAUGGGGCGCUGCCUGUGAGGCUGUGAUUCGUCGGCUACGAGCGCAUGCAUUCCCACAGGGUAGCCAGCUGCUUGGCCCUGUGCACGUCCUAGACCUGGAUAAGGCCGGUUUCAUCAAACCCCACAUAGAUAGCGUCAAGUUCUGUGGCACUACAAUUGCAGGUCUCAGCCUUCUCUCUGACAGUGUAAUGCGACUAGUGCAUGAGGAGGAAAAAACUGACUGGGUAGAUCUGUUCCUACCACAACGUUCUCUUUAUAUUCUCAGGAAAGAGGCCAGGUACAAGUACACACAUGAAAUCAUGAAGGAUGCAGAGUCCUUCUUCGCUGGACGGCGAGUUCCUCGUCAACGACGCAUCUCCGUCAUCUGUCGGAACCUUCCAGAAUAAAAUGAGGGUUUGGUGGAGCGCGUACAUUCACUUUCAAGUUGUCAAACAGCUAUGAGUGUCAGUUUUGUUGGAGCAGUUUAUAGAUCAAAUUUAAGUAUUUCGAGAUAU